AUGCAAGCUUUGGCUGUCCAGACGCCCCAAGUUUUGGUCUCAUCAGUAAAGAACAAAACUUUACCAGCUUUUGAUUCAUUUGAUCUACUGCCCUUUCGCCCCUUCGCGCCCAGGAGAACUUUCAGACCAUCUUCUUGUUCUUCAUUGAGAUGCAGGGAGGUAUCAAAGUCAGAUGCUAGUGGACAAAGAACAAUUAGAGCACAUGCACUAAAUGUGGGAAGUGGGUCUGAUGGCUAUGAAGAGAGGCAAGAAAAUAAUGACAGCCACAGAACCUCUGCCGAUGCCCAUCAUAGUGAUGAUUCUUCUAAAAUCGGGGCAUCUCAUGAUCAUGUUCCGAAUCUAUUUCCUACAGCACUUGUGCUUUGUGCAUGCGCAGCAGGAUUUUUACUUUUUCUCUUUACAAAAGGACCUUCAUCAAUAUUACCAGCCCUUGCAAAGUCGGGCUUCACAGCUGCAUUCUCUUUGAUAUUUGUUUCUGAGAUUGGAGAUAAGACUUUUUUCAUUGCUGCUCUCUUGGCCAUGCAAUAUGAUAAGCUGCUGGUCCUUCUUGGAUCCAUGGGUGCUCUAUCACUAAUGACUAUCUUGUCCGUCAUAAUUGGUCGGAUAUUUCAUUCCGUGCCUGCUCAGUUUCAGACAACUUUGCCGAUCGGAGAAUAUUUAGCUGUUACCCUUUUGAUGUUUUUCGGACUUAAAUCGAUUAAAGAUGCGUGGGGCCUGCCGUCUACAGCAGCUAAAGCUGGAGAGCCCGAAAACAAAGAGUCUGACGAGUUCACGGAAGCUGAAGAGCUCGUAAAGGAAAAGGUUUCGAAAAGGCUUUCCAAUCCCCUGGAAGUCCUCUGGAAGUCAUUCAGUCUUGUAUUUUUUGCUGAAUGGGGAGACCGCUCGAUGCUGGCGACUAUAGCUCUUGGUGCUGCACAGUCCCCGUGGGGUGUUGCAAGUGGUGCCAUUGUGGGCCAUCUGCUGGCAACAUCCAUUGCAAUACUUGGUGGAGCAUUUCUCGCCAAAUACAUUUCCGAAAAACUGGUUGGGUACAUUGGUGGGGUUCUAUUCUUAGUUUUUGCGGUCGCCACAUUUUUUGGAUUCUUUUAG